GGUUCGGGAGCGGCCCUUCCUUUGGGCUCCGGGCCAAGGGCCGCACCAGGCGGCGACCGCUCUCUGGACCGGUGGCGGCUGGGCGUCCGCGGAGGGCCCGCAGGAGCUGUCGCCGCCCGCGCCCGCUCCGCCAUGGGCGCCGCCGGCUCGUCGGCCCUGGGCCGCCUCGGCCUCCCCGCGUCGCGCCUCCCCGCGCAGCCCCGGCCCGGCUGGCUCGCGGUGACCGCGCUGGGACUGGCCGCCGUGGCGCUGGGGACCGUCGCCUGGCGCCGCGCGCGGUCCAGGCGGCGCCGGCGGCUGCAGCAGGUGGGCACGGUGGCGCAGCUCUGGAUCUACCCGGUCAAGUCCUGCAAGGGGGUGGCGGUGAGCGCGGCGGAGUGCACGGCCCUGGGGCUGCGCUGCGGCCACCUGCGGGACAGGUUUUGGCUUGUGGUCAACGAGAAGGGGAACAUGGUCACUGCUCGGCAGGAACCCCGUCUGGUCCUGAUUUCCCUGACUUGUGAGGGCGAUGCCCUGACCCUCAGUGCAGCCUACACGAAGGACCUGCUGUUGCCCAUCAAGACACCUGCCACAAAUGCCGUGUACAAGUGCAGAGUGCACGGCCUGGAGAUCGAGGGCAGGGACUGCGGGGAGGCUGCGGCCCAGUGGAUUACUAGCUUCCUGAAGACACAGCCCUACCGCCUGGUGCACUAUGAGCCUCACAUGCGACCGAGAAAUUCUCACCAAAUAAUGGAUGUGUUCCAGCCCACAGACCAGAUUGCGUACUCAGAUGCCAGCCCGUUCUUGAUUCUCUCUGAGGCAUCUUUGGCAGAUCUCAACUCCAGGCUGGAGAAGAAAGUUAAAGUGGCUAACUUCAGGCCCAAUAUCGUCAUUUCAGGGUGUGGUGUCUAUGCAGAGGAUUCUUGGGAUGAGCUUCUUAUUGGUGACGUCAUACUGAAAAGAGUAACGGCUUGUUCCAGGUGCGUUUUAACCACGGUGGACCCAGACACUGGCGUCAUGAGCAGGAAGGAGCCGCUGGAGACCCUGAAGAGUUAUCGCCUGUGUGACCCUUCUGAGCAAAAGCUAUACGGAAAAUCGCCUCUCUUUGGGCAGUAUUUUGUUCUGGAAAACCCAGGGACAGUCAGAGUGGGAGAUCCUGUGUACCUGCUGGGCCAGUGACAGGAAUCCUGUCCUGGAAUAUCAGAUACCUUGAAAAAAGAUAUCGUCAGAGACGCUGGGAAGCACGCGUGUGGAACUGAUACCUCAGCAUUUUCUUUGGGUCUGUGACUUCCGGGGUUUUUUUUUGUUUGUUUGUUUGGGUUUUUUUGCCUUUUAGAUUUCUUUGUGCCUCAGUCCUUCCCAGGGUCCCAGUGCACAAGGCAAAGAAAUAAGUCCUUGAGAGCUUAGUAGGACAUCUGCAAGGCACUUAAAUGACAAGGCAGAACACCGAAAAUCCCUUGUUUAACUGUGAUUGUGGAAUCUGUUCCCCUUUUCCAUUCACCUAACCAGAGGGCUAACCUCCAUCGUCUCAUUACCACUCCGGAGGAAAGAGAAGAGAAAGAGGAAGAGUGGGGAAAUGUGAAGAAUGUUCUGGAAGAAUGAAAUGGAAAUGACAUAGCUCCCCAGAUAAGGCUGGAGUGUCACAUCCCUUUUCUCCCCAAGCCCUGGACUACGUUUUGAGGAGGCAUAAAGACCCUGAUCUUCAGGAAACACUUAAGAUGUCAACCUCUUAUAGAUCAUCAUGGAACUGGCACUUCUCAGACAACGUCCACAGGAUUGGAUGGAUCCUUCAAUAGCACGCAGUGCCUCUGGGCUGUAGAACAGCAGAAAUGUCAUGGUGCAAAGUCAACCAUUGAGAACAGCUAUUGCUGGCAGAUGCCCACAGGCAACACGUGGAAAGCAAGACAGACACAGACUUCCUUGUCUUGAGACAAAUGUCAAGUACAUCUCAUUAGUGAUCCAAACGUUUUUCCCGACAUAGGAGAGUGGGCGGUAGCUCCAGAGAGGGGAAGACCGCCGGUUUGCUGUUGUCUGAGACGCUGUGAAAUGUUGCCCAGUGAAAUAGUGGCGCCCCUCUUGGCGGAUGAGCAAAAAGAAGCGGAAAGAUGUCGCCCCCUGGUGGUGGCGAAUGAUAGCUUAGCCCAUGCUGUGGAAAAGAUUGAAAAAAAAAAUACCUGUGAUUGGGUUUGAAUUUUCUAUCCCUGAUUUUUUUUUUUUUUUUAAGGAAGUGAGGACACCCUCCAGGUACUCUCUGCUUCUCAGCUGUAAGUAUUUGAUUUCCUAAAAGCUCUCAGGAGGGUGGCUCUGUUGUCACAAAGCCCCCUGGGAUCCUUGCUGGUCUCAUCAACUCAUGGCUGGGUCCUCCUCCUCAAAUUCAGGGUGAGAAAGUUCUGGAGUCCGUGGAUGAGAAGAAGCGUGAUUUUGUGAUUUGGAAUGGGCCGCUGAAAACCUUUCAAAGGAGAAGAGGAAAUCAUGUCAGUUCAUUAAAAACCGCUAUCUAAUCUUUCUACUUUCUAAUGAUUUAGCUCUAAGAGCUGAGGAACCAUAUCCUUCACUGCUGUUUUGUCCUUAGGAAGCUGACUAAAUCGUGAAAAAAUGUUCCCAAACUGUAAAUAAACGGAAGCUACUCUAACUCACUUCAGGUCUUACUAACUUCUUGGCACAAAAAAUCGGACUUUGAAGCCUGACUGAUGUGAGUGGGCGAAGCCGGUAAUUGUGCCGCCCAACCAGAGCUGGGUCUCUUACAGAUGGAGCUGCUCACACACAGCUUCCCCAGGCGAACACCCAUCUCCGAUGGGCUGGCAAGCAAACGUGCUUUUCACCAAAAGCUGUGCGUUCUCCACGUCGGUUUUAUAAAAGAGGUUAGUAAUCGCUGGAAUCUAGCCCAGCUCCGAGGUAACCUUGGAAGUCAACAGGUGCAUCUAUGUGUGUUUUCUGGUUGGUGAUUCGCUGCAAUUUGUUUUCUGCACCCUUGGCACGAAGCAGAGAGCGAAAGCGAUCGGUCAGGUCACCUGGCCCAUCACCUUCCCCUUAUAAAUCCACUUUGUGCUGAAACUACAGGUAGACUGAGGCAAAAAUAAGAGUUCGGCAAGUAACGUUACGAAUGGGACCUUGGGAACCCAUGGUGCAAUGCAGCCGGGUUCAGAAACCAUGUGAAGAUUGACUCUGAGAACAGCCAAUAGUUACGCACCAGUGACAAACUCAAGGUUGGUUCGGUAGCUGUUCCUAGGGAUUUGUGAUCGGUGGCAAGCUGAAUGCCUUCGCCUGAAUUUCUAGCCCUUUGUAAAUAGUAACAUCCACUUCCCCAGCGACCCAUUCUGUGUCAAAGGCCACGCUUCCUGCAGACCCUGUCGUUGUCUGUGGUGCAGAGCAGCCCUCGAAUGGAGGGGGCGUGCGGACACCAUCGUUUGUCGGGGGUCCCCUUCUGCCCCUCAGGGUGGGAGGAAGAUUCCUGUCUGGAGAGAGAAGUUCCAAUGACCCCUAGAAACUCAGAGGACCUGCCAAGCUUUGUGUCAGUGAGAUUUAAGAGCCAUUUACUUGUGUUGAUUUUAUAUUUAAUGAGUUGGUUCAUGCCAAAGGCUGGGCUGAUGCCUCGUUUGUGUUGGAUACUGACCAGUUGCACACAAUUCCACUUGAAAUAUAGGAUCAGGAUUAGAGACCGUCACAGACCCUCAGAACGGUCUUACCGCCGUGGGCGAUGGACAUUCGAGGUCAGGCCAGAACGUCCACUCCUGCUGGGUGUUGUGUUUCAUUCUAGGUGGCAAUUUAUGCUGUCAUCGCAGCAGAGAAUUAGCAGCCAAGAGCUGGAGAUGCUGAGAAGGAGAGUUUGAGAGAGGCCCCGGGCAGGCUGCUCAAAGGCUCACGUUCAUGGUUGUUCCACAGAAAAAGUGGGAGCUGCAUGCCCAGGAGACAGAAGCAGCGACGUGUACACGCAAGGGCGGACAGAAAUCAGGCUAGGCACGCUGGAAAUCGCGCAGUUGUCCGGCACCAAGAGAUCCCCUCCUCCUCUCUUUCUGCCCUUAGGGAUGCAGGGGCUGGGUGAGGAGGUGCGCUCAGGGAUCGCGGCCAGUUCGGUGAGACCGUGCGGAGGCCGGCCCAGCUUGUGACUUUGGGAAGCCGUCUGUGAGGCUGUGACCCACAGUAAUGGCAGGCUGGAGCACCAGGCACGCGACCCCAGGACUCUGAUAGGGUGACAAGUUGGAGUGGCCCAUGACGGCGGAGAGUCCCUCAGAUGUGCCGGAGAGGCUCUCACACCAGGCCGCGACUGUAGGUCUAGUCAGGGCGCUGGUGCCACCCCCGAACACGACGCUGCCCUAGGUCUUGUUGGUCCGUGAAACCCUGAAAGUUUGCCUGCAGGGACGCUCCUGAAAAGGCAUUUCUUGGACCGGUGACUCUGGGAAGUCCCGCGUACCUCCCUUCGGGCUUUCUUCACAGGCCCAGCAGCUCAUGGGACGUGCGGGACCUAAAAUGAAGGAUUCUGCUCGACACUGCCCUCCCCUACACUCUAUACCUGACCCCCUCUCAAGAAAUCUGCUCUGACCUCUAGAUCUCUAGAGGGAGCACCAGCCAGGGGCAAGGAAUCAUGAUUAGCAGGAAUGGUGCCCUCCCGAGAAGGCCCAGCCACAUGGAGGAGGCCUCCCUUGGGAUGCUUCCUCUUGUCUUUUUUCUCAUCCCUCUGACUGGGGCUGAAGGGUGGGACUGAGGCUUAAAGGUGAAAGGAGGUGUGGAGAGAGCGUCUUAGGCCAGCUUCGCUAUUGUGGCGGACCUUGCGGAGAAGCCUUCCUUCCCUCUGGACUCAUUUUCCAAACCUGCAUUCAUGGAUGGAUGGCGGGGAUCAGGGUUGGCGGGGCGGACGCAGACUCUAGUCCUGGCCUUACGACACCACACAAGUGCUCCAGGAUGCCCUCCGCACCAGGGAGGGGCACGAUCUUUCCAUCUGUUAGCUUUACCUUUCCCUCACAACCUCUCAGCUAGAGCUGCCUCCUCCUACUUUAUUUGUAUUAUUAUUAUUUUUUAAAUGUUUAUUUUUGACAGAGAGAGGGAGACAGGGCAUGAGCGGGGGAGGGGCAGAGAGAGAGGGAGACCCAGAUUCGGAAGCAGACUCCAGGCUCCGAGCUGUCGGCACAGAGCCCGACGUGGGGCUCGAACUCACGGACUGUGAGAUCCUGACCUGAGCCAAAGUCGGACGCUCAACCGACUGAGCCACCCAGGCGCCCCACCUCCUACUGCUUUAAGCAGAACUACCCCAGGGUCUUAUUGCUCCUGACCAUACACAUAUACUCACUUUAUACCAUGAUUUUAAAAAAAAGUUUUUUUGAUGUUUACUGAUUUUUGAGAGAUAGAGAGACAGAGCAUGCGUGACGGAGGGGCAGAGAGAAAGGGAGACACACACUCUGAAGCAGGCU